UGCUUUUCCGAUCAACUCAUUUCACAACUUUUUAGUCAUUAGUAUCUAAUAUUUAUUUUAUUUUUCUUUCAGGACAUAUUUCCAUUUGAAAGAAGAUUUUCUGCAGAGGAUACUGCAAAUCUGCUGUGUUUGGGUAGAGAGAUUUAUCAACCAAUGUUUUCAGAAUGAGAAAAUAAAAUUGCAAAAUUUAACUGAGAGAAUGUAUCAGAAAGGGAGCAAAUGUUACAAAUGUGAUAUUUGUGGUAAAGUACUUACUACAAAAUCUAAUUUAGCUAUUCAUAGGCGCACUCAUACAGAGGAAAAGCCAUACCGCUGUGAAGUAUGUGAGAGGGCAUUCUCUGUAAAAGGAAAUUUAACAGAACACAAACGUACACAUACCGGAGAGAAACCAUUUCACUGUGAAAUAUGUGGAAAAUCAUUUUCUAGUAAAGGUUAUAUAAAGAUACACAAACGUGUUCACACUGGAGAGAGACCAUAUCACUGUGAGGUUUGUGGAAAAGACUUUUCUGAGAGGUGCAGCUUAAAGAAACACAAUCAUGUUCAUACUGGGGAGAAGCCACAUCAGUGUGAAAUCUGUGGCAAAGCAUUUUCUGUAACUGCUAGUUUAAAAAGACACAGUCUUAUUCACACAGGAGAGAAAUCAUAUCGCUGUUUACCCCGUUAGUGUUCAGAUUAUUCUGCCAAAAUUAAUCCUUUUUUAUCCACAUUGUUU